AUGCCCAAGCCACCCUACCCCCUGCAUCCCUCGGUCAUCGACCGCAUCAACCCCGAGUACAAGGACUUUUACAACAAGUUUGUCUUCGAUAAGCAAGUUGUUCACCACCAGCCCAUCUCCGCGUCUCGUGCAAGCGGCACUCUGAUCCCGGGCGCAGGCCCUAAGCUCGAGGUCGCCAGCUCAGAGGAUUUCACCAUUCCGAGAAAAGAAACGCGCGGGCGUGACAUCCUCCUGCGAGCUUUCACGCCCUUCGGAGAAAGGCCGGCCAAGGGAUGGCCACUAUGCUUUUGGUUCCACGGCGGCGGUUGGGUCUUGGGCAACAUUGACACGGAGAAUGUCAUCGCCACGCACCUCUGCAACCGGGCGAAAUGCGUUGUUAUCUGCGUAGACUAUAGGCAAGUAGAACUCGCGCCAGAGAAUCCCUUCCCUGCAGCCGUCGACGACUGCUGGGAGUCGGUCCUCUGGGCCAUCUCCACAAAUGGCACCGAGAAGCUCAACCUUGACAUCUCGCGCAUCGCAAUCGGAGGCUCAUCAGCAGGUGCAAACCUCACGGCCAUCAUCUGCCAGCGCGCAACUAAGCGCCCAGACUUCCCGACCGUGGCAACACAGCUGCUCUCUGUGCCCGUCGCAGACAACACCGCCACAGUGGACUCGACGAAACCAGAGCACGCAUCGUGGAAGGAGAACGAAUUCACGCCCGCCCUGCCAGCGGAGAAAAUGAUAUGGUAUCGUUACCAUUACCUCCCCGACAAGGAAACUUGGGCGCACCCCGAGGCAAGCCCGCUUCUGUGGGAAGGCGAGUGGUCCAAGUUGCCUCCUGCUGUUGUGGUUGUUGGUGAGCUUGAUGUUUUACGAAGUGAGGGUGAGGCUAUUGGGAAGAAACUUCAGGAUGCGGGCGUUAAGACGGAUGUGCAUAUCAUGAAGGGGCAGCCGCAUCCGUUCAUUGCUAUGGAUGAGGCUUUGGAAGAUGGCAGGAGGGCCAUCACGUACUUUUGCGACAAGCUUAUAGAGCUGUUGUGA